CUUGCUAACUUACUACUUCAUCCUUUUAGGUGGGAGUAAGUUAGCAGCCCUAUAUAUACAUGAAUCGUCGUCUAAGAGUAAAAUAUAUCUAUAAAUAAGGUACUUGGUACCCAAUAAUAAGCAUCCAAAUCAGAACCUUUUACAUAAUUCUGAAGAGCAGUUUGAUUAUUUCCAUAAUGAACUCACAGGACUUUCUGAAGGGAAAAACCAUUUUAGUAACUGGUGCAACUGGCUUCUUAGCAAAAGUUUUUGUUGAAAAGAUACUAAGCAUCCAACCAGAGAUAAAAAAACUGUAUCUACUCGUAAGAGCUUCAAAGACUGACUUGGCUGAACACCGUUUGCAAAAUGAGGUGUUUGAAAUUGAUUUAUUUCGGGUGUUGCGAGCAAAGUGGGGUGAAAAGUUUAGUUCUUUCAUAUCAAAGAAGGUUGUGGCAAUAGCAGGAGAUGUUGCUGUUGAAAAUUUGGGAAUAAAAGAUCAAAACAUUUUAAAUGAGAUAUUUGAAGAGAUAGACCUUCUUGUCCAUUUUGCUGCAUCCACCAAAUUUGAUGAAAGGUUUGACAUAUCGAUGGGUGUUAAUACAAAAGGUCCUUUACAUGCAAUGAACAUCGCAAAGAAUUGCAAGAGAAUAAAGGCUUUUCUGCAUAUAUCUACCGCAUAUGUAUGCGGAGAUGCUAAAGAAGGACAUACACUUUUAAGAGAGACACCAUUCAAGAUGGAUCAAUCCCUAAAAGGGACUUCAAAAUUAGACAUACACACAGAAAUGAAUUUGUUGGAGAGAAAAUUAAUUGAACUCAAAGUAAUGAAUGCGGAUGAAAAUACAACGAAAUGGGCAAUGAAAGAUUAUGGAAUGGGAAGAGCAAAUUUGCAUGGCUGGCCUAAUACAUAUACAUUCACAAAGGCAAUGGGAGAGAUGCUUUUAGUGCAUCAUAAAGAUGAUGUACCAUUGAUCAUUAUACGCCCUACGAUGGUAACUAGUACAAGCAAGGAUCCCUUUCCCGGUUGGAUUGAAGGUUUAAGAACUAUUGACAGCGUGAUAUAUAGGAUUGGUCAAGGGAAACUGAAAUUCUUUCUUGGUAAUCCCAACACAAUUUUAGAUGCAAUACCUGCAGACAUGGUCAUCAAUUGUGUGAUUACUGCCAUUUUUAUUCACUCAAAUCAAGCUCCUAAGAAUUUCAUCUACCAUGUUUCUUCGUCAUUAAGAAAUCCACUCAAAUUAUCUGAUGUAUGGAACAUUAGCCAUCAUUAUUUCAUGAAAACCCCUUACAUAAAUCAAAAUGGAAAGCCAAUAGUCAUUUCCAAGGGCAUUGUGGUGAAUAGUUUUGUUGCUUUCAACAUUUAUAUGAUAGUCCGAUAUGUCUUGCUACUAAUGGUCCUAAAUUUGGUGAACAAAAUUUGUCGCCACAGCUUCCAAGAUGUCUAUGAGAAGAAAAGCAGAAACAUUAGCAUGAUGGAACGAUUGGCAAAACUAUACAGACCAUUUGUGUUUUUUAAGUCUGUUUUUGAUGACACCAACACGGAAAUUUUAAGGAUGGCAACAAAGGAUCAUCUCAAGGCCGAGAAUGAAGCAUUGAACUUUGACCCCACUAGCAUUGAUUGGACAGACUAUAUGAUGAAUACACACAUUCCUGGUCUCCUUAAGUAUCAAACAAAAUAGUCUUGAAAUUGUAUAUUACCUCAAAAUGGUUGGCCACAUCUUAUAUUAAUCUAGAGCUUUGAGUUUGAGUAAAAUAAUCUAUAUCUAUAUCUAUAUUAUAUAAAUUUGAGUCCUUUUCCAAAUGUAUAUUUAUCAAAAUGUAAAUCAUCUAAGUUUGCUCAUGACAUGUGGCACUAUAAAUCUUUCAAACUUGCUCAUGACAUGUGGUACUAUGAAGUAAACCAAUCAUUUUCAUGAA